UAUGGAUGUCUUUUCAUAGUCGACGUUUUCCAUCAGACACCGGUAGAGUUUUUACAUUAACGUGUAUUUUAUAAUAAUUGUAAACAAUAUUUUAUAUACAAAAUCAAAUGAGUUAACAUGAUCGUGAUAGAUAUUCAAUAAGAACCAGUUGCUUUUGCAUUCACACAGAAGAACAUGAGAAACGCAGAUGAUUCACCUGAACAAGAAAAACCAGACACUUUGGAUCAUGGCCAGCCUUACAAUUUAUACACAGAAAUACAUUUACUUGAAGAUCACAAAGAUAUUGUCCGCAAACUUCUGCGACUUGACAACAGAAGGUUUGCUUCAGCUGCAGAUGAUGCUACCAUCAUCAUUUGGGAUGUUGAGGUUUUUGUUUUGUGUUUGUUUGAAGCCAUGUCAUAUCAGUUGAUCUUGAAUUGUUAUUUACAUUUCCAGGUGUGGGAUAUUGACACUGGAUCUUGUCUACAUAUUGCUACAGACCAUUCCGGUUCUGUUCGGUGCCUGAUUCCUUUAAAUGAUGGAGAAAUGUUUGCUUCUGGAGGUCAGGAGAUAUGUGUGUGGAACAAAGAGGGAAAACUUCUACAUAAAUACAACCGCAGUGUCAACUUAGUUCCUGUAAUAGCGUUACUCAGUAUCACUAAUAACCGUAUUGUAGCAGCAUCUGAGAAACAACUUGAAGUGUACAGUGUGAAAUACGAAGGUACAUCUUCAGCAGAAAUCUCCUUUGAACGAAACUUAGGACCACACCGUGAACCAAUUCAGUCCCUUGUGACAAUCUCAGAUAAAAUGUUCUGUAGUGGCUCCAUUGAUGGAAUGAUCAUCGUUUGGUCAGCAAAACUAAAACCUACUCACAGCAUCAAUUCUAUCCCAGAUUAUAAAGGCAACAGUAAAUUAUUUCCCUACAGCGUUCAACAUGUAUUUUGUGCAGAAAACCGUUAUAUAUUUGCUGCUAUCGGAGCAGGAUUUUGUAUCUAUGAUGUGGAGACCCGACGCUUUGUAGUAAAGAAGACCGUGGCCCAUUAUUCUAAAAUAUUACACAUGGAUUUGGUUUGUAAUGGACUUUAUCUUGCCACUUGCUCAGAAGAUGGAUCUCUGCGACUUUGGGGUAGGAAACCUGAAGUGAGAAGUCCCAUGACAGAACUACGAUCUCCUAUAAUCCACAAGAAUUUCAGUCCUAUGGAAAGAUUCUUUGGAGAAAGUAUAUUACAAAUUGGAAGCAGUGAAAGUACGAAAAGUCCUGAACUUCUUGGGGAAUGUCUAGGUCAUUCUGGAGCAGUUCAGAUGUUUGUUGACUUUGGUGCUGACGGGUUAAUCACAUGUGGAGGGGAUGGAGUGAUGAUAGCAUGGAAGAAUCAUGAACACGAAGAGAUGAAACGAUGUAUACGAGUUCUGGAACUGAAACUAGAUGCUAACUGUACAUUAUGAGAUUGGACUAAUAUUUAAGAGAAAACGAAUUGCUAUAUGAGAAAUCAAUAUUUAAAAUAAAUAUUUAAUGAACCAUU